AUGACCCAUAAUCAGACCUCUCUCACUGCGGUGACUGCCCUGCAGUUCGCACAGAGCGCCGCCAUUAUCACCGCGGGCAAACCAGGUUGUUCGAACUCCGAAAACCCCUACGAACAUCGGUCCCGCCUGGGAACCUUUACGGACUCCGAAUAUUCAUGUUCGGAGGCCGAACAUGCGUGUUUUCGGCGAACAUGCUACGAACAUGAGAAAUGUAGGAGCAUUUUCGGACAUUUUCGGAGCCCGAAAAACCUGGUUUGCCCACGGUGUAUGGGAAAGCCGGGCACUGUCCCCUUGGCUGCACGGAGCUUCACCUCAGCCAGCCCGUCCCUCGGCAAGAUCCCUGCACCCGCUCCGGGUGUCGCCAAUAAGGAGGUGAUCAAGGGAACACCUGCGUCUACUUCCGAAGCGUCUACUUCUGAAGCCAAGGGCUCAAACACAACAAAGACCGCGACGGAGACCACACAAAAACGCAAGGCCUCCAAUGCAGGCACUGUGUCGACACCAGCAAAAAAAACCAAGUCAAAGGGCAAAGCCGCAGCUUCUGUGGCAGCAGAUAAAGGAAAGGGUAAAGCUGUGGAAAAUGAGGGAAAGGGUCAAGACACGGCUUCGGCAAUUGCAAUCACGGACUCUGAUUACGAGGUUUCUUCAUCCCACUCAUCGGACAAUGAGUAUGAUGUUGCAGAGCAACUCAUGGAGUCAUCGGACGAAGAUACUCCCCUGUUGAACUUCCAGACUCUUCCACUACUGCAAGCGCCACUGCCCGGGAAACACAGCCGGAAACACCACCCGGGCCACCCCAGCCCAGGCCAAGAAGUUACAGGACAGGUCUUGGCCGACCUGCGUAUCAAACAUGCUGCUGAACUUCAAAAAGCCUGCAUGGAGCCAGCCAUAACUGCCACAAACCAGGCAAAGGCUAUCAAGGACUAUUACGCUGGCAGCAGCACUGCCCGAAAGGUUGGCGAGGAGAUACCCGCUCUGGAGUUUGCUGCCCCCGCAUCAGCCUUGCCCGACACAGACACCCUCCUUGGCAAGAUGGGUCCAAACACUCUCGGCGCGAUCGACCAGAACUCGACCCAACUUGCGCCCUACGUCAGCAACGCCCAGCUGGGGCAUCAAGCCCAGAGCGGGCCAUCUACUUCUCGCAAGGCCAAUGGCCAUUCUCCACUGCCUAGUGUCACGCUCCAAGGCUAUGUGGCCACCAGUAUUGCUCUCGUCCUAGCUGCUCUCGUCUUAGCUGCCCUCGUCUUAGCUGCCCAAAAAUACGUGUUAUGUAAGUGCUACGGUUUAGCCCUGCUGGCAUUGAUGGUGGGCUUUGGAGAAGGCGAUGGUUGCGGGUUUGGUGACGGCUGA